CAGAGGCAGGUGCCGCGUAAACGUCAUCACAGUGCUUAGUUACACCAAAGAUUUACAGACAAUACAGCAGCACUGAAACUAACAUCCGCGCGCGCUGACACUGGACUUUCUCGACUCAGAUGAACGCUGCCGAGCACUGAAACAGCUCGAGGUCAUUUCACACGGUUUAUUAUUUUAAUUUUAAACACAUGAACGCAAAGUGAAAAGAUGGGCGGUAAGAAACGAGAGGAAGAAGAGCAAAACAACUCGGAGUAUGGUGCUCCGGCUCAGUAUGACCCCACAUUCAUCGGCCCCAUUCACAACAGGAGCUGUACAGACAUCAUAUGCUGCGCUCUGUUCAUGCUGGUCAUCGUCGGUUACAUGGUGGUGGGAAUUCUGGCCUGGCUGUACGGAGACCCUCGGCACGUGCUGUAUCCCAGAAACUCCACGGGAAUGUUCUGCGGAGUCGGACAGAACAAGGAUAAACCCAGCGUCUUGUAUUUUGACAUCAUCAAAUGCGCCACAGGGACCAACAUCAUGGCUGCGGCUCUGCAGGGUCUCCAGUGUCCCACCACACAGGUGUGUGUGAAGUCGUGUCCGUCAGAGUUCUGGAUGUUGUCUCCUCUCGCCUAUCUUCCGAAUGCAAAACCGGACGAUUAUUUCAAACAGGAGUUCUGCGUCCCGUCCUUCCAGCUGCAAGGCACUAACUUAUCAGCUACAGACAUUAUAAAUAAAGAGUUGUGUCCAUUUUUCUACACACCGACAACCUCCGUGUUGGGACGGUGUUUGCCCGGUUUCGGAGGAAAUGCAUAUAAUCCCAGUAACGUUCCCGCAAACUUCAGUUUUCCAGGAUUGGAUGAAAAUCAGACUAUUGCAGCGAUCAUGAACGCUACAGGCGAUCUGGCCGGCGGCUUCAACAUCAAAGACGUCGGCCUGAGGAUCUUCGAGGACUUCGCGAAGUCGUGGCAGUGGAUCGUAGCUGGUCUGGUCAUUGCGAUGGUGGUCAGCAUCCUCUUCCUCCUGCUGCUGCGCUUCACUGCACCCGUCCUGGUCUGGAUUCUCAUCGUCGGGGUUCUGGCGGUCGGAGCCUUCGGUAUCUGGUACUGUUAUAACGAGUACAUGUCUCUGGCCAGCUCCAGCCUGACCUUCAGUAACGUGGGCUUCACCACUAAUGUCAACGUGUAUCUGCAGGUGCGGGACACCUGGCUGGCCUUCUUGAUAAUUCUGUGUAUCGUGGAGGCGGUUCUGCUGCUGGCGCUGAUCUUCCUCAGGAAUCGUAUUUUCAUCGCCAUCGCUCUCAUUCAGGAGACCAGCAAGGCGUUGGGUCACAUGAUGUCAACACUUUUCUAUCCCGUCGUCACGUUUGUGCUGCUGGUAGUGUGUGUGUCGUACUGGGGCAUCACAGCACUAUAUCUGGCCACAUCAGGCGGGCCCGUGUAUAAAGUGGUGGCGCUGAACUCCACACAGGACAACUGCAGAGACAUUCGGGCCAACGAGACCUGCGACCCGGAGACGUUCAACAGCACUAAGUAUCCCGACUGUCCGUCGGCGCGCUGCAUCUUCAUCAACUAUAACACGGAGGGUUUGUUCCAGAGGAACCUCUUUAACCUGCAGAUCUAUAACGUGGUGGCGUUCCUGUGGUGCGUGAACUUCGUCAUCGCUCUGGGUCACUGUACGCUCGCCGGAGCCUUCGCCUCAUAUUACUGGGCCUUCAGGAAACCUGCAGAUAUCCCAACAUUCCCUCUGAUCCAGUCCUUCAUGAGAGCGCUGCGGUAUCACGUGGGCUCUCUGGCGUUCGGCGCUCUGAUUCUCACACUGGUGCAGAUCGUCCGGAUCAUUCUGGAGUAUCUGGACCACAAGUUCAAAGAGGCUCAGAACCCGUGCACGCGGUUCCUCAUGUGUUGUCUCAAAUGCUGCUUCUGGUGUCUGGAGAAAUUCAUCAAGUUCAUCAACAGGAACGCUUACAUCAUGAUCGCCAUCUACGGGAAGAACUUCUGUGUGUCCGCUAAGAACGCCUUCUCUCUGCUCAUGAGGAACAUCAUACGGGUGGUGGUGCUGGAUAAAGUGACGGAUCUGCUGCUGUUCUUCGGGAAGCUGCUGGUGGUCGGUGGAGUGGGUGUGCUGGCGUUCUUCUUCUUCUCCGGCAGGAUUCCGACUCCAGGAACCACGUUUGAAACGGCGGCUCUCAACUACUACUGGAUGCCCAUCAUAACGGUGGUGUUCGGUGCGUAUCUGAUCGCUCACGGCUUCUUCAGCGUGUAUAACAUGGGUGUGGACACACUGUUCCUGUGCUUCUUGGAGGAUCUGGAGCGUAAUGACGGCAGUGCAGAGAAACCAUAUUUCAUGUCCAAGAACCUGAUGAAGAUCCUCAACAAGAAGAACAAACAGCCCAAGAGGGGCUGAUGAUGAUGAUGAUGAGGGUUUCUGCCUUCAAACUCUCAAGCACCGUCACUUUCAAGAUCCCAGCGAAUCCAUGUACAAACACUUUUAAACAUUAUUCCCAGUUUCAUUUUUUUCUUAGACAUGUUACCAAGACUCGACCAUCUCCAAGUUCAUUUAACUGAUUUUACUGAAAAUGUGCCUGUGAAUUUGUGAGAAUUUUUUUCUUGACACAAUUUUGUCACCAAACUUGAGGAUCGUUCAGUGCAUUUGAAUGAUGUCUGUGAGCCAAAGCAUUUAUUAUUAGCCUUUAUUAAUAUUAUUUGGUUUGUGUUUUUACUAAGAUAUGCACAGUGAAACUAUAUUGCACAUAUAAUUGACUGUUUUUGGUGCAGAUUAAUAACUUAACAAUCUGUUCUUCCAAAACUACUGUACUGUUUUUAAAGCCACAUUUUUCACUUUUUGCAAUAGAAAAUAGAAUACGAAGUCCAAAAUAUGACACUCCAUAAGCAUGAAUGAAAGAAAGCCUUUGUUUUGAAUGUUUUUUUUUUUUAGUUAACUGUGAAACGAGCAUGAACUACUGUUUUAUAUUAUUUGUAUUUAGUUUUUUGUGAUUUAGUGUAAACUGGAAAUAAACAGAGAAUAUUUAUUUAAAGAUAUACAUGCGUAGAUUUAAUAAAAAUGUUGUACAUUAAAAAAA